AUGUCGGUCCUGCUCGAAACGUCGGCUGGCGACAUCACCAUCGAUCUCUACGUCGAUGAAGCGCCCAAAGCAUGUGAAAACUUCUUGAAGCUAUGCAAGAUCAAGUACUACAACUACUCGCCCAUCUACAACGUCCAACCGGAUUUCUCCUUCCAGACUGGCGAUCCAAUUGGUCCUGAUGCCGCCGAGAGCGACGGAGGCUCCUCCAUCUGGGGCCUUCCUGAUGGUGUCACAAAGAAGCCUGCGAAACCCGAAUCCAUGACCUUCAAACCUGAGUUUAGUCGCAAGAGAAAGCACACCGAUAGAGGCACUGUCAGUAUGGCUACAACUGCCUCACCAAUCAACCCGGACGAUCGCUUCGCCGCUAGUCAAUUCAUCAUCACCCUUGGUGAGAACUUGGAUCUACUCGACGGCAAGGCUGCCAUCUUUGGCGAAGUCGUAGAAGGCUUCGAUGCCCUUGAAAAGAUCAACACUGCCUUCAUCGAUGACAAAGGUCGUCCGCUCAAAGAUAUCCGCAUCCUACAUACCGCCGUCCUCGACGACCCCUACGAUGACCCCGAAGGCUUGGUCGAACCACCUAAAAGCCCUGUACCAACGGCUGGCCAAUUAGCCACUGUACGCAUCGCCCAUGACGAAGAGAUUGCCGAAAACACCGAUCCCGAACAACUCGAGAAGCUGCGCCGCGAGCGUGAAGCACGCGCCCAAGCCUUGACCCUCGAGCUAAUAGGCGAUCUCCCAUUCGCUGAUGUCACACCUCCUGAACAAGUUCUGUUUGUCUGCAAACUCAAUCCAGUCACCCGCGACGAAGACCUCGAGCUCAUCUUCAGCCGCUUCGGCAAGAUCCUGUCAUGCGAAGUCAUCCGCGACAAGAAGACUGGCGACAGCCUACAAUAUGCUUUCAUCGAGUUUGGCAACAAAGAAGAUUGCGAGCGCGCCUACUUCAAGAUGCAGGGUGUGUUAAUUGACGACCAUCGUAUUCAUGUCGACUUCUCGCAGAGUGUCAGCAGACUUGCCGAUGCAUGGCGCGACACGACAAAUUCAAAGACAGCUAGAAAGAAGGGUGGAUUUGGUGGUAUUGCCGGGCUGGAAGCAAAGAGACACUACAGGGAGGGUGAGAGGUAUGGUGGGCGUAAUAGCCGUGGCGAACGUUACGACUAUGUCUUCGACAAGGAUGGCAAGCGCAGAGACGACGGCAAAGACGAUCGGGAUAGAGAGAGAAGCCCAGUGCGCAGUCCAAGGCGCGACAGACACAGAAGUCCCUCCACGCCGUGA